CAUAUAUUCCUGUCAAUUGGAAUUCACUUGAAUCAUCUCAUAGCCCAAUUAGACAACUCAAGAAUACAACCUCCACAUAAAUCACCAGCAACCACCAUCUGCGGCGGCGUACGGUGGCCCUCUCUUUUGCUCCUAUCUCUCUACUCUCUCUCAUACAGUACCCUCGAAACCUAAUAUGGAGUACGUCAACCCCGAAGGUCUUCGCCUAGAUGGUCGCCGUCCUAUGGAGAUGAGGCAGCUUCGUGGGGAGAUAGGCGUAGUCUCAAGAGCUGACGGGUCUGCAGUUUUUGAAAUGGGCAACACUAAGGUCAUUGCUGCGGUUUACGGUCCCAGAGAGAACUGCAUAGAGCAGCCGGUAACCUGGUAUGGGGAUUCACUCUAUGCAUCUGUUCUGAUGGUCCAAAAUAGGAGUCAACAAAUUAAUGACAAGGCACUGGUACGCUGUGAGUACAGCAUGGCUAAUUUCAGCACAGGAGAUCGCAUGAGGAAACCUAAGGGUGAUAGGCGGUCCACUGAAAUAUCAUUGGUCAUUCGCCAGACUAUGGAGGCCUGCAUAUUGACACACCUAAUGCCUCGUUCUCAGAUAGACAUUUUUGUCCAAGUUCUCCAAGCAGAUGGAGGAACACGAUCUGCAUGCAUAAAUGCAGCAACUCUGGCGCUUGCUGAUGCUGGUAUUCCAAUGCGUGAUAUUGUGACCUCAUGUGGUGCUGGAUACCUAAACGGGACUCCACUUCUAGAUCUGAACUAUGUGGAAGAUAGUGCUGGCGGGCCAGACGUUACAGUUGGCAUUUUGCCUAAGCUAGAUAAAGUCACCCUCCUUCAGAUGGAUGCUAAGCUACAAAUGGAUACUUUUGAGAAUGUGAUGCAACUUGCUAUAGAAGGUUGCAAAGCUGUGGCGAGUUAUGUACGAGAAAUAUUAUUGGAGAAUACGAAGCAGUUGGAGUCUCGUAGGGGCGUAUAAUUUGUUCCCAAGUAGAAGAUAUCUCAAAUAUAAGUGUCUUACUGGGCUCGUCUUGUUUGACGAUUUAGUUAUGACUUGCUAUUGCUUGUAUUUACUCGAGGUCUGAAAAUUUGAGGCUUUGGAUUUUUCUGUUUUUCUUUUCUUCUUUUCUUUUUGGUUUCAAAGUUGUUCGGCAGUAGAAAUUCUGGAACUAAAUUUUUGUGUAAUGAUUUUCUGGUGUUGAAGGACAUGUUAUAGUUUGGUCCCAAGUUGCUAGUUAUAAUCAGAAAUGGUAUUCAAGGUGCAUUAAUUUUUUGUUUGGAGUUUGCAUUUUUUUCCAAUUAAUGGUUAUCAAGAUGAUGUGUUUAUGAUGAAU